CUAGUUCCCAAAUGUCCUCCGUGUGCCUAAAGAAAGAAACUUUUUUUUUCCAGAAUCCACCCUGCCAUCUAGUAGAGUUUAGCUAGUCACCAAGAACAAGAUCGUACCCCCGGCUGGCUUGCUGCAGCUGCCGCAUAGAGAAUUUGUUCCGGAGGUUGCUGAGACGGCCUGUGGCCUCUACAACUUUUUCUUAUUUGAGGUGCUCAAUGCAGCCACAAGAGGACGAUGUGGAAGAGGGCCUCUUGAUGGACUUCCAGCCUCCCUCUCUGGAUUCCAUCCGUGUGCCCCACUACGUCCUGUACUUGCUGAUGGCACUCAUCAUUGUGGUGGUGGCAGCCUAUGCCAUUGUAGGGAAUCUCAUUGAUGAUCUAGUGCACGAUUUUGCAGACUGGGCUUUUGGCUUGAAACUGGAGGAAAAGAAAAGUCUUGAAGAAGAUUCUGAUGAGUGCAGGCUUGGAACUCUGGACAAUGCCCUCGAGUGGCAAGAGGACAAAUUGAGUUUGGCGGUGGAAUGUCAGGACUGGCACGUCUCCCAUGCCCUGCCUGGGAUGGAAGUGAGCAAAGCACCACCUCUGCCCAUCCAGCUCCCUCUUGUCUCCAUCCAGGAGUCUGUUGACAAGACAUCUGGCUAAAGGAUUCCUUGGACCUGCUGAGUCUUGGGGGGGGGGGGAGAGAUGACCGCAAAUGUAGCAGAUGUAUCCUCACUGGACUACUGAAUUCCCUAAAUUAGAUCUGUCUGCUUAGAACACAAACCUGGUUACCAAAGCUUAGCUCUACUCCUUAAGCUCUUUGCAACAUCUCUGCUUCUCUGCAGAAGAAGAUACUUAAACAACACUUGCAAGGAAAGCACUUCCAGAAGUUUUUUCCUUUAUUCUUUGCUCAGUUUAGCUCACUUACAUUAUUCUCUCUAUGCCAUAGGGGGUGGUCAGUUGAAAAGAGCAUGUGCAUGUUGUGAACACACCAUCUUGAUGUUUUGGAGUUCUUUUUAAAUAUUAGAAAAGAGAUUGUAUGCUCUUGAUGUUAUCUACUAGUAGAAAGAGAGAUUUUCCCGGGACAGAUGGGGACAUGGGACAGGAAGGGAGUGACUUAAUCAAUGUGUCUGGCUGUUUUGUUUUCCCCAGAAAAAUAUUGGAGCUUUGGGGAAACUGGAAACGUUCUCAGUAUUUACUUGACCCAAGAAACUGAAGUUUGU